AUGGAUCGAAGCAGCUUUCAUUAUCCUACAGCGAAGAGAUCCGGAGCAGUGGAUCCGGGUUCAGGAUUCGGAUCUUCCAAAAGGGUGAAGACGCAUCACGCGCAGCUACUUUCGCCUUUGGUUGUGCCGGUGGGACACGCGUCGUUUCGAUUGCUCUGCCCUUUGUCUCAGGUCGGUGCGGUGAUUGGAAAAUCCGGAACCGUGAUCAAACAGCUCCAACAGUCAACCGGAGCUAAGAUUCGAGUCGAGGAGCCUCCGUCUGGGUCUCCGGAUCGGGUCAUCACGAUCAUCGCACAAGUGGAUUCGGCGUCUAAGGUAAAAUUGGGUGUUAGUAGCAAUGGGAAUGCAGAGUCGGAGAAGAAGGAGGAGGAAGUUGAGGUAUCUAAAGUACAAGCAGCGUUGAUUAGGGUUUUCGAGAUUAUAGCUGCGGAAGCUGAUAGUAGUACGGUCGUGUGCCGAUUGUUGACGGAGUCUAGCCAUGCUGGUGCUGUGAUAGGUAAGGGUGGUCAAAUGGUUGGGAGCAUUAGGAAAGAAACUGGAUGCAAGAUUGCGAUACGGACUGAGAAUUUGCCGAUUUGCGCUGAUACUGGUGACGAAAUGGUGGAGAUUGAAGGAAAUGUUACCGCUGUGAAGAAAGCUCUUUUAUCUGUCUCCCGCUGCCUGCAAGAUUGUCAAUCGGUUAACAAGAUAAGGAUGGUCGGAAACAGACCCCUUGAGAAAGAGAUCCAAGCAUCUUCGCAUAGGCCCAUAGAAACAAUAAUUCAGGAGUCUCUUCCUAGGUCCGUUGAAGUUAACCCUUACGAUUAUAGACCGAGAACAGUUGACAUGUAUCCUCGGGGCACUUUAGCUCGGCCUAAUGAUGUGAUUCCUCAUGAUGCUUUGCAUCAUAGGCAUAUAGAGGUGGUUCCUCAGGGUACAUUACACAGGCAUGUUGAGGCAGACCGGCAAGAUGCUUUACGCAGGCAUAUUGAGGCGGACCGACAAGAUACUUUACGCAGGCAUAUUGAUGUGGUUCCACGAGAAACGUUAUACAGGCCUUCUGAUGUUGUCAGGGGAGAUGGUUACCGACACCACAGAGAGGUGGAUGAUUCUCAUGAUUCCUUGCAUAGACCUCACGAGAUGGUUCAACGUGAUGCUAUGGGCAUUCCUUUUGAGUCGUUUCCACGUGAUACUUUUGAAAGGCGUAUUGAAACAAUCCCACAAGAAACUCUUCGUCGGCCAACUGCAGAUUUUCUCACACAGCGGAAUUCCACUCUAAAUAGACAUCCUCACAGCAUUUCUACCUCUGCUUCAAUGACUAACGCUGCCACUAUGAAGCCACCUUUAUCAGAAGUGGAAGUAGGGAACCAAGAAGUGGUUUUUAAGAUACUUUGUUCCAUUGAAAACGCUGGCGGUGUUAUCGGGACAGGGGGUAAAGUUAUCAGGACGCUUCAUAGCGAGACAGGUGCCUUCAUAAAUGUGGGAAAUACAGUUGCUGACUGUGAAGAGCGUUUGAUUGCAGUUACUGCACCAGAGAACCCUGAAUGUCAAAGCUCGCCAGCCCAGAGGGCAAUUCUCCUUGUUCUUACUAGAUUAUUUGAGCUUGCCACUAAAAAAAUAGUAGGCAAUGGCCCAAGGACAUCUAUCACUGCACGGCUUGUGGUCCCAACAAGUCAGAUUGGUUGUUUGCUGGGGAAAGGAGGUGUUAUAGUUUCGGAUAUGCGGAAAACCACUGGGGCAGCAAUUCAAAUUUUGAAGGUUGAGCAGAACCCAAAAUGUGUUUCAGAGAAUGAUCAAGUUGUGCAGAUUUCAGGAGAGUUCCCAAAUGUGAGAGAAGCCGUUUUCCAUGUUACGAGCAGGAUACGAGACAGUCUUUUCUCCAACUUGAUGAAAAAAUCCGUAACCAAGAGCAACUCCACCUUAGUUACAGAGAGAAUGUACCACGGACAAUCAGAUACUCCUCUGUCUGUUGGGUCUCAUCAAGCCUUUAGUCAUCCACCUUCCAUCUCUUCAACUCAGCACAGAAUAUCUGAGGAUUUCCUAAGUGGGUCUCAUUCAUCACUUAACUCUUCCAGACCUGUUGGCACUGAUCCUUACAUCAGACCAGAAGACACGUUUCCUGAUAGGUUUAAUCCAUCAGCAGACUAUUCUCCUAAUUUUGGACGGCGGUCCUCUAUGGACCACAGUGAUAUAUCUCAUCACUUAACUGAGACCGCAUCACGUUUGUGGGCGUCCCCGCCACCGGCAGCUCCAAGAGGCUUAUCUGAUGCCAGUGUUGGAUUAUCUUCUGCUAGCCUUGUACGUGGCAGUGGACACAAAUCUGCAAUUGUUACAAACACAACUGUAGAAAUUAGAGUUCCAGAAAAUGCUAUGAGCUUUGUGUAUGGAGAGCAUGGCUACAAUCUGGAGCAACUGAAACAGAUAUCGGGUGCGAGGGUCAUAGUCCAUGAACCUCCUCUAGGAACAAGUGACAGGAUCAUUGUCAUAUCGGGAACACCUGAUCAAACCCAGGCUGCUCAAAACCUCCUUCAUGCCUUCAUCCUUACAGGUGAAACAUCAUUGUCCAAAAAAUACACCCUAAACUAG